AUGAAGGAGACUGCGAAUCUUGGGAUCCCAAAGUGCAUCUUGUGGCUGGGAUCCUCAAUUGGCAAUCUCGAGCGUACAGAGGCAGUAGAUUUCCUGCGCGGCUGUUCAGAAGUUCUGCAAGGCCAAGAUUCUAUGCUGAUAGGCAUUGAUGCCUGCCAUGAAAGUGACAAGGUCUAUCGUGCUUACAAUGACAAGCGAGGUACAACUCACGAGUUCAUCCUCAACGGGCUGAAGCAUGCCAAUAAGCUCAUGGGAAAGGAGGUUUUCAGGGAAGACGAUUGGAAAGUGAUGGGAGAGUACGAUGAAGUCGCUCGCCGGCACCAAGCGUUCUACACACCUGUCAGAGAUGUCAUGGUAGAAGGGACGCUAAUCAGGGCUGAGGAGAAGAUUCGAGUAGAAGAAAGCUACAAGUACUCACUGCUUCAAAGUGACGAGCUUUGGCAGCGUGCUGGCUUGAUGGUACAGGCGAGAUUCGGUAACAGAAUCAACAAUUACCAUCUGCACUUAGUCUCGAAGCAGGCUUUUUCCUAUCCCCUCAAAGCGAAUGAGUAUGCUGCCCAGCCGGUACCAUGCCUACACGAAUUUGAACAGCUAUGGGCGGCAUGGGACGUGGUUACGAGGCACAUGAUACCCGAGAAAGAACUUUUGUCGAAGCCCAUCAAGCUUCGAAACUGUUGCCUCUUCUAUUUGGGCCAUAUUCCCGCCUUCUUGGACAUGCAUUUGACAAGAGCGACCGGCGAUGCGGCCACCAAGCCGAGCUCUUAUCACCACAUGUUCGAACGUGGCAUCGAUCCCGAUGUUGACAACCCAGAGAACUGUCAUGCACAUAGCGAGAUUCCAGAUGAGUGGCCUCCAAUAGGUGAGAUUUUUGAUUAUCAAGAACGAGUCCGAAAUCGAACAAGAUCCCUUUUUGCCGAUAGAGGCCUGGAGACGAACCGAUUGCUUGGACGAGCCUUGUGGAUAGGGUUCGAACAUGAAGCCAUGCAUUUGGAGACACUUCUCUACAUGCUUCUGCAAAGUGAUAGGACCCUCCCGCCUCCUGGCGUGGCUCCAGAUUUUGUGGCAUUGGGGAAACAAGCCCGGGAGGCUGCGAUUCCAAAUCAAUGGAUCCCAAUACCCGCCAGCACUAUCAACGUAGGCUUGGAGGACCCUGAAAAUGAUGAUGGGCCUGACCGUCAUUUUGGUUGGGACAACGAGAAGCCACAACGUCUGGUUGAUGUGCCAGCAUUCGAGGCCCAGGCGAGGCCCCUGACCAACGAAGACUACGCCCGUUACCUUUACCAUACUGGCCAGGAUGCGGUGCCAGUUUCCUGGAUCUCUGAGAGGAGCCAUCACUCCCCACCCGUAUAUCAACGAGAAGCGCCUGUCGACGGGCAUAGCUCCUACCAGAAUGGACUUAGCCCGCCAUUGACAAACGCAUAUUUGACUGGCAAAUCUGUCAGGACUGUCUACGGACCGAUCUCGUUGGAAUACGCACUGGAUUGGCCCGUCUUUGCAUCUUAUGAUGAGCUUUCCAGAUGUGCAACGUGGAUGAACGGACGUAUUCCAUCCGUGCAAGAAGUCCGAAGCAUCUACAAUUAUGUGGACCCGAACAAGAACAAGAAGACGGAUAGUAUCAACACCAAGAAGAUCUCUGCAGUCAACGGGCAUCUUUCCAAUGAGGGAGUCGAGAUUUCUCCUCCACCACACCAUUUGCGUAAUGGCGCCUCUGGCGCUGAGAAGUCCCUUGAUCCCUAUGAACUAUUCGCUGACCUUGAAGGCUGCAAUGUGGGUUUCAAGCAUUUCCACCCAAUGCCUGUCACCCAGAACGGCAAUCAGCUGUCUGGGCAGGGGAACAUGGGCGGUGUUUGGGAAUGGACAAGCUCGGCGCUAGAGAGGCAUGAGGGGUUUGAACCCAUGACAUUGUACCCAGCUUAUACAGAUGACUUCUUCGACGGGAAGCACAAUGUUGUUCUGGGCGGAUCAUGGGCAACUCAUCCCCGUAUUGCUGGACGUAAAACCUUUGUCAACUGGUAUCAGCGCAACUACCUGUACGCUUGGUGUGGGGCGCGUCUGGUUCGUGACGUCCAGUAA